ACGGGAAGUCACUGCUUUUGAAUCGAGGAUGUAUCGUUCUGUAUUCAAUUGAUGACUGCCGUACUCACCGCGUCACGUACAAAUAAUGGUUUCUCACAUCAUUUCUCGACUUGUUGUAGUCACUGUAGGGACCCUCUACCCAGCGUAUAGGUCAUUCAAGGCAAUGAAAACAAAGAAUGUGCGAGAAUACGUGAAAUGGAUGAUGUAUUGGGUAGUAUUUGCUUGUUUUCUGGCAGUUGAGACUGUAGCAGACAUCUUUGUGUCUUGGGCUAUACCUUUCUAUUAUGAACUCAAAAUUGUUUUUGUCAUAUGGCUUUUGUGGCCAGUAACUAAGGGUUCCAGCAUCCUCUACAGAAAGUUUGUUCAUCCAUAUUUGAUCAAAAAUGAGAAAGAUAUUGACAAAUAUUUGGCUUCAGCUGCUGACAAAGGUUUUGAUGUCAUGCGCCGAUUCAGCAGGUCUGGUCUUCAGAUGGCAACAAGUACUGUACUACAAUCAAACAUUGUGUCCAAGGGUCAGCAGCUUGUACAGGCUUAUGCCAAUGUAACUGUACCAUCAUCAGCAAAUGCAGAGAUUCAAGGUGGUAAUCAGGACACCACAGACGCGGCAAGAACUGACGAGACCGAUCCAUUAACAUUUUUGCCAGAUUCCAAUGUGCCAUUCACUGAUGACCCUGACAGCACUCAUAGCACAAAAUCCAAUUUUUUGUGUUCAGAUGAAUCAUCCCUAAACGUGCCUGUCAUCAAUUCUCUUGAUGCUUACGCACCACAGCAGAUGGUAACUAGACAGAAACAUUCUCGUGCUACAUCAGCAAACAAAAAAGUAGAAGGAGAUCGGGUUCAAAGACGCCAACAGCCAAGUGUACCUACUGAACACAAGCAAGGAGUAACUGGCAGGCGAGUAACAGUAAAGUCGACACUGCCCACUGCAACGAAAAGGUCAAGCACGAAGAACUACCAGGGAUGAGGAGGAGGACAAUGGCACCAACAUGACUAUGAAAUUAUCUUCUAUAUUUACUGUAGAUACAUGUUGUAGAGUGACAUGCACAUGUGGACAUGGAUUUAGUGGUGCAUAAAAUGAUUCAAUAGAAUUGAUUUGGAAUACUGUGUGAA